CAGCUGCUCCCCGCGCCCGGCGCCGCGCGCCGCCGCUCCGCUGCCCGGCCGCUCGGCUGCUCCGCCGGCGCCGCCGCCUCGCCCGCCGCGGCCCCUCGCAACUUGGCUGGCCUCGCCUUUGUCCGGCCCGGCCCGGCCGCCGCCUCCCGCCCGGCGCCGAGCUCCCGGUCCCCGGGCCGGCUGCCCGUGGCGGCUCGGAGCCGGCUGGGCGCGGAGGGGGCGGGGGCCGCGGCUCGCCCCCCGCCGAUGAGCCGCCGCGGAGCGCGGGCGGACGAUGGAACUCCACAUCCUGGAGCACCGGCUGCAAGUUGCCAGCGUCGCCAAGGAGAGUAUCCCGCUCUUCACCUACGGCCUGAUCAAACUUGCCUUCCUGUCCUCCAAGACCAGGUGCAAGUUCUUCAGUCUGACUGAGACGCCAGAGGAUUACACCAUCAUCGUCGAUGAGGAGGGAUUCCUAGAGCUACCCUCCUCGGAGCACCUGAGCGUGGCAGAUGCCACGUGGCUGGCCCUGAACGUGGUGUCGGGCGGUGGCAGCUUCUCCAGCUCCCAGCCCAUUGGCGUGACCAAGAUCGCCAAGUCGGUCAUCGCCCCGCUGGCCGACCAGAACAUCUCGGUGUUCAUGCUGUCCACGUACCAGACGGACUUCAUCCUGGUGCGCGAGCGGGACCUGCCUUUCGUCACCCACACCUUGUCGUCAGAGUUCACCAUCCUGCGGGUUGUCAAUGGCGAGACCGUGGCAGCCGAGAACCUCGGCAUCACCAACGGCUUCGUGAAGCCCAAGAUGGUCCAGAGGCCGGUCAUCCACCCGCUCUCCAGCCCGAGCAACAGGUUCUGUGUCACCAGCCUGGACCCUGACACGCUGCCUACUGUUGCCACGCUCCUCAUGGACGUCAUGUUCUACUCCAACGGAGUGAAGGACCCCAUGGCUGCCGGCGACGACUGCGGCCACAUCCGCUUCUUCUCCUUCUCCCUCAUCGAGGGCUACAUCUCCCUGGUGAUGGACGUGCAGACCCAGCAGAGGUUUCCUAGUAACUUGCUGUUCACGAGCGCAUCUGGAGAGCUCUGGAAGAUGGUGCGGAUUGGAGGACAGCCCCUGGGAUUUGACGAGUGUGGCAUCGUGGCCCAGAUCUCCGAGCCCUUGGCUGCUGCAGACAUCCCCGCCUACUACAUCAGUACUUUCAAGUUCGACCACGCACUGGUGCCAGAGGAGAAUAUCAGCGGCGUCAUCAGUGCCCUGAAGGUCAGUCAGGCAGAGGAACACUAGAGGGCCUCUUCUGCUGCCCCUGCCGCUGCCCGGCCUGGGCCCGGCCCCUGCCCCGAAGCUUGUUCUUGCAGUAUUUCUCCACAGACUGGAAAAUCGGCCCGGGGACCCCCAAGGAAGGGGCCUCUGGGAGACCCCCCAAUUGCCAACCCCUCCAGGCCUGGGGCCCAAGCCAAGGCCUCCCCAUGCCCUCUUGCCUUCCCAGAGCCCCCAGACCCCCCGGAGAACGAC